GCAGUGUCAUUAGGUUGGCCGAAAGGAUAAACUCAGCUGGAUUAUAUAAGCGAGCUUAAUGGGGCAAUAGGUUAUCAGUUCAAGUAUUGCCUUUCUGGAGUGUGCACUUCAAGCCAAAAAUUUAGCAAAAUGUUCCGACUUUUGAUCGUCUCCGCCCUGAUUGCCACGAGCUUCGCUCGCAGCCUCUCAGAAUCGGAAGCUCAUGCCAGCAUCCUGUCCUACAACAACGUCCUGCAAGACGAUGGCCACUAUAACUGGGCAUUCGAAACCAGCAACGGAAUAGCAUUUCACGAAGAAGGACUCGGUGCUCACCAAGCUAAUGGAGCUUACUCCUACACCGGCCCAGAUGGCGUCCAGUACCGUGUGAUCUAUGUUGCUGAUGAGAACGGAUUCCGCCCAGAAGGAGCCCAUCUGCCAACUCCUCCACCAACCCCGGAACACGUUAUCAAGUCUCUGGAGGAAAUCCGUGCCAACCCACCCAAGGACCAAAAGGAUUUCAGCCUGGAAGCUCUGGACGCCACCAUCCGACGACUGAAGAAUUAAACCACCCCAAGAGUUUACCAGUUUAACUGUUGAAUGUACCGUUAGUAGUGCAAUUGUUAUUUACUUUAAGUAGCGAAAAAUGAAAUGAUUCUUCUCAAUAAUAGUUUUCCAAUUGAAACACCAA